GGAGCCGGUUCUAUGCCUGCCUCCUGCUUCGGGUGGCUGCACCUGCCGUGGGCCGCUGGAUUCUCUGCGUGGAGUGUUUGAAAGUGCCACCUUUUUGACCCUACGCCAUGGGAGUAACUUGUGUGUCCCAGAUGCCUGUGGCUGAGGGCAGGAGUGUCCAGCAGACGGUGGAGCUCCUCACCAGGAAAUUAGAGAUGCUUGGGGCAGAGAAACAAGGAACAUUUUGUGUGGACUGUGAGACUUACCACACAGCUGCCUCCACCCUGGGUGGCCAAGGCCAGGCUGGGAAGCUGAUGUACGUGAUGCACAACUCUGAGUACCCGCUGAGCUGCUUUGCCCUCUUUGAGAACGGCCCUUGUCUGGUUGCGGACACCAACUUCGAUGUGCUCAUGGUGAAGCUCAAGGGUUUCUUCCAGAGUGCCAAGGCCAGCAAGAUCGAGACCCGGGGCACUCGCUACCAGUACUGCGACUUCCUGGUGAAGGUGGGCACGGUCACAAUGGGGCCCAGUGCCCGUGGCAUCUCUGUGGAGGUGGAGUAUGGCCCUUGUGUGGUGGCUAGUGACUGCUGGAGCCUCCUGCUUGAGUUCCUACAGAGUUUUCUAGGUAGCCACACGCCAGGGGCCCCCACAGUAUUUGGGAACAGACAUGAUGCUGUGUAUGGGCCAGCAGAUACCAUGAUACAGUACAUGGAACUCUUCAACAAGAUUCGAAAACAGCAGCAAGUGCCAGUGGCUGGCAUCCGUUAGUGACUGGCAGCUGCCCACCUGCUGAGCUGACACUAGGGUACUGCCCAGGAGGAGCAGGUGCUGCACUCGGGGUCCUGGGCCCCGGCCCAGCUGGUUUCCAGCUGUAGCCCGUGCGCUGGGACUCUGGACUCCCCUCCUACCCAUUUCAGCUGUUUUUUACUUCAUGCCUUAAAUGGAUUUGGCUUGUCCUCAAGGAUGGUAAUUGUGAAGAAUGGAGCAGCUUGGGCCUUUCCUGCUGGAGGGUAUCGGCAGGACAGGGUUGUCCCUGCCAGCUGUGAAGGUGAAGACUGUAUGUGACCCAGCUCCCAAGGAUUUGUGGCCACGCUCUGCUGUAUGUGGCUGUACGGGGUGGAUCCCCCCUCUGCUUGAGGACGUGGCUGGCCUCUCCUGGAGAUGGCUGGGUGGCAUGACUGGAUUGAGGACGUGGCUGGCCUCUCCUGGAGAUGGCUGGGUGGCAUGACUGGAUUGCUCUCGCUUUCUGGCUGUUGGCCGUAGUGAUGGCAAACAGAACUGAGUCAUCCUUUGAACUCUGAUGGCCUCCCUUUCUGUUUUGAAGUGUGUGAACCCAUAGGCUAGACUGCUACAGCAAAACCAAAGUGUGGGCUCUUACUGCACAUUUUAUUUUUCCUUACCUUAGUUCCGAGGCAGUCAGUUCCCCAGGGCAGAAUCAACUGUAGGGUUAGCACGAACUGGGCUUCUUGGUCUUAUUGUUGGCUCACCCCAAUGAUGUUGUCCUCACCACAGGAUCUGAGCGCACUCAUGAGCUCCAUAUCCACAGUCCACUGCGGGAAGAGAGAAGGGAGCUUUCCCGCCAAAGUUGCUCUUGCAAUCACUGCAGACGCUUUCCUGGCACUCAGACUCGCUUUGUUUAGGAUCUGCUGUGCUUCACGAGUUGUCUUGUCGAACGUGAGCCUUGAAGUUACUCAUUGACACCAUUGCUUACCUACCUCACCCCUGCCACAGAAACAGUUAACCAGGCUAACAUUGAGGUGCACAUAGAGAGGUUUGGGAAAACUGUUAGUAUACCAAGUGUAGGGUGUCGCUGAGGAGUCUGUCCUCAAAGUCUGCUAAGCAGCCUUCCUGGGGCAGGUUUUACACACAGCAGCUGCCAGGCGCUGCUCAGACUCACCCUAGCUUCGCCAUAGGAUGGAGCUGUUAUCCACAUUGCUCGCUGUUCCUUCCCUUGCUUUGGUUGUUAAUGUUUGUUUAUUUUGUUUCUGCACUUUAAAGAUUGAGGUAUGUUUUAGGAAUCACAAUAAAAUCUGCAAAUACUACA